GUAGCUGGGCUCCCAGCUGCCCACCAACACAACCAUUUCCCGACAACAAAACAAAAUCUUACAGUACGUCCAGAUAUCUCCCAACAACAACUUCAACGCGCACAAGUCCCCAAAGCCAUCACAAUGACCAAGACCAUGCACGCAACCAUCCUCAUCAUCACCCUCUACCUCCUCCUCCUCCUCCUCCUACCCACCCUAGCAAACGCCCUAUCCCCCACCCCACCCCGCGACGGCACAGGCGCCUACCAAGGCCAAAUCCCCUGCCUGAUCGAAUCCCUCCCCUCGACCUGCAUCCUCCGCGCAACGCAAUACCUCUACUACAACACCGCCUCCUUCGACGUCUAUGACGGGCAGUGCGUCCAUCUGGGCGAUGCGAGCAUGAUUUUAGGGCGUGAGUUCCCUUUUCCCCAAUCCUACCCCUCCUUCCUAUUCCUCUUCCUCUUUCCGAGAGCAGCUGAUGUUGAUGUUAACCAUGUUUGAAUAAUGCCAGACCACGUGAGUAUCGACUCAGAACUACCGUGGACGGUAGAGAUGGACGUCUCGGCGGAUUGGCAGACGAUGCCGAACGGGUGGUAUGCGGGGAAUCCGGUGGGGUUGGGGGUUGAUUUGAGGGGGAUGGAGUUGUGUUGGAAGGAGGAGGCGAGUUUGAGUUGUUUGUUGCCGUUUAGUUGUUAGGAGG